CCACAUUCUCUCUCUCUCCUCCUCCCUUCUCUUCUUAGAUCUCCAGACAUGCCAUGCCUCUUAAACCCUAAAUCUCCACCUGGUUAUGUGUAGCUCCUAAAACCCCAAAUGGGUUAUUUGAAUGGAGCUUCAAAGACCCUUAAAUCACCCAAAUAUUUAUCUCUCUUAUGUCGGCAUCGCUCUUCCGCAUUCAGCCCAUUCUCUCCUGUUACUGGAUGCAACCCAGUAAAAGGUCUACUGGGUUGGCACCAUUUCGGUUGGAGCCAUACCUUCUGCUCUCGUUCUCUCCAGAACAGCAGAGACAGCAGUGUAGAUUUAAGCCAAUACCCGCCUGAAAGGAUUCGCAACUUUUCGAUUAUCGCGCAUGUCGAUCAUGGGAAGUCGACGCUGGCUGAUCGCCUUUUGGAGCUCACUGGGACUAUCAAGAGAGGGCAUGGUCAGCCCCAGUAUCUUGAUAAAUUGCAGGUAGAGAGAGAAAGAGGAAUAACCGUUAAAGCUCAGACAGCAACUAUGUUCCACAGGCACAACUUUGAUGGAUCUGAUGUUACCAUUGCACAAGAAUCCCCUAGUUUUUUACUCAAUCUUAUUGAUACACCUGGUCAUGUGGAUUUCAGCUAUGAAGUAUCAAGAUCCCUUGCAGCUUGCCAGGGUGUCCUUUUAGUUGUUGAUGCUGCCCAAGGUGUUCAGGCACAAACUGUUGCUAACUUUUAUCUAGCUUUUGAAUCCAAUCUGACAAUAAUCCCUGUCAUAAAUAAAAUUGACCAGCCAACAGCUGAUCCAGAUCAUGUUAAAGCACAGUUAAAAUCCAUGUUUGAUCUCGACCCAAGUGAUGCUCUUUUAACAUCUGCCAAGACAGGUCAAGGUCUUGAGCAGGUCCUCCCGGCAGUCAUAGAGCGGAUACCUCCACCUCCCGGGAAGAGUUGUUCACCUUUGCGUAUGCUCUUGUUGGAUUCAUAUUAUGAUGAAUACAAAGGAGUUAUCUGCCAUGUGGCAGUUGUUGAUGGUGCAUUGCGCAAGGGGGAUAAGAUUUCAUCUUCAGCAACUGGACAUACUUAUGAGGUUUUCGAUGUUGGGAUCAUGCACCCUGAACUCAAAUCUACUGGAGUUCUUUUAACUGGUCAAGUGGGAUAUGUUGUGAGUGGCAUGCGUUCAACCAAAGAGGCACGUGUUGGAGAUACUUUACAUCAUAACAAAAGCAUCGUAGAGCCUCUUCCAGGUUUCAAACCUGCAAAACACAUGGUAUUUUCUGGUCUUUAUCCGGCUGAUGGCUCUGACUUUGAAGCACUUAACCAUGCAAUAGAAAGGCUGACAUGCAAUGAUGCCAGUGUAUCAGUUACUAAGGAGAGCAGCACAGCACUUGGUCUGGGUUUCAGGUGUGGUUUCUUAGGCUUACUUCACAUGGAUGUUUUCCAUCAGCGGCUUGAACAGGAGUAUGGAGCUCACAUAAUUUCUACUGUUCCUACUGUGCCAUAUAUUUUUGAGUACUCUGAUGGAAGCAAAAUACAGGUCCAGAAUCCUGCUGCAUUAGCUUCAAAUCCCGGUAAACGAGUAACAGCUUGUUGGGAACCUACAGUGAUAGCUACAAUUAUUAUUCCUAGUGAAUAUGUGGGGCCUGUUAUUACACUUUGCUCUGAACGGAGAGGGGAGCAAUUGGAGUACUCAUUUAUUGAUAGCCAACGAGCGUUUAUGAAGUAUCGCUUACCUUUGCGGGAAAUUGUCGUGGACUUUUACAAUGAAUUGAAGAGUAUAACAUCAGGGUAUGCGUCAUUUGAUUACGAGGAUGCAGAAUAUCAAGCCUCUGAUUUGGUGAAACUGGACAUCCUUUUGAAUGGACAACCUGUUGAUGCGAUGGCAACCAUUGUUCAUAAUUUGAAGGCACAACGUGUAGGUCGUGAACUAGUGGAGAAGCUGAAGAAAUUUAUUGACAGGCAAAUGUUCGAGAUAGUAAUACAAGCUGCUAUUGGAUCAAAGAUUAUUGCGAGGGAGACGAUUUCGGCCAUGAGAAAGAAUGUUCUUGCAAAGUGUUAUGGUGGGGAUGUUACUCGGAAGCGGAAGCUGUUGGAGAAGCAGAAGGAAGGAAAAAAGCGAAUGAAGCGGGUUGGCUCUGUUGAUAUACCUCAGGAGGCAUUUCAUGAAUUGCUGAAGGUUUCAUAGAGAAAGGGUAUGCUAUUCUACCUGUCAAAAAACAAUUUCAAGAGUCCAUUAGAAGAGAAUAUCCUUUUCUGAAUUAUAGGAAAAUCUAUCAGUUGUUCUGGUCCCUGUUCUCAGCAGCAGACCCAGAAGUACCACUUCUAGGGAUGGAAACUGGAAAUGGAGGCUGGAGGAGGAUGGAGUUUCCUGUCUGAGAAUUUGAAGAUGAUGAUGCAUUUAAGUACCCAGGUGCACAUCCCUUCCCAUUCUGGCUCAAUGGGUUGGUAGAAAUGGCCUGAGUAGUCUCACCCCACUUCAAAUUCUGGCCCAAGCUCUCUCCUGCACCUGGGUUUGGUUGGCCGGUACUGCUGCUAACCAUUGAUGAGAGCGCCGCAGCUAUAACUGUCCGAAAACUUGGGUCUGAUGUUAUCACCUUGGUCAGUGUUUCAGUUAAGGACUGUUGAAUAGGUGCUUGGCCGUUCUUUUCCAUGUAGGGUUGAUGAAAAUGUUCUGGUGGUUGUCUUCCAAGAUUUAGAGACCCUAUUUGAGCUUUAUUAUGUGGUAGUAUGCCAUAAUUAAGGCACCCAUUGCCCCAAACUGUAGGUACACUGUUGGAUUCUGAGGAAGAAAAGCUAAGACUUGUUGAAGGGAACCUUGGGGUGCUAGAAUUGAAGCUUGAAGAAAACCUGCUGAAAUGAGAGGAUGAUGAAGCUGUAGUGGUGAGGUCUAGAGUAAUAGUUGGAAAUGGGGAAGAGUUCGCUGCAUAGAGCUGCCUUGUUCUCAUAUUAUCAGGGAGACUGAAGUUCAACCCAUGGAGCUCAGUAGCAGCAGGUGAGGAACCAAGGCCUGGCUGAGAGGCAGAAGAGCCGGAGAUGAGCAUGGAAGCUGCAGCAGAGGUGGUGGAAGCCAUGGCUGUGGCUGACAUCGGAAGUGGGUGGUUGUGAGUUCCUUCAUAGGUAGUGAUCAAAAUGGACAUGUCCUCUGCACAUCUCUGCACCUGGAAGUCGACGAAAAUCAAUAUCAAACGUCAAAAACGUUAUCAACAAGGCCUGAAGAACACUUCAAAUGUACCAAUCUAAGAAUCUGUGUUGAACAUGAACAAACUCUGAUACCUGCUUUCUCACUGGGCAAGAUGGUGCAACUGUACACCGAUAAUAAGCUCGCGGGCAUGGAUUCCCCUUAGCUA